AUGGUUCAAAUCACAAAGAUCUCCUCUCACGAAUGCAGUUCCUGUCAUUUGCCUUACAAUAGCUCUUCAAAUGCUACCAAAUGUCAAAAUAGAUCUCUUAAAACGCUGGUAGAUGCAGUUAUCAAUGGAUCUUUCAUCCAAGACGUUUCUCUUCCUGUUGAAAUCCAGUCUAUACCAGCACCAGCCCCAAGCUUGAUCGUUGAUGGAGACAUUAAUAUGAUCAGUGAUGAAAAUAUGGAUAUCGUCAACAGAACUGAAAAUGAUGAGCCCAUGUAUGAUGCUGAUAUGGAACAUGAUAAUACCAUGGAGAAAUCAACUGCCAUAGAAGAAAUUGAAGAUGCAACCGCACCUUUGGUGUUUGACUUCAGCCAACCUCUCCCCACUCCCAGUACCAACGAUGCAAAGAACCUGGAAUUUAUCCAAAUCGUCAAGGAGUUUGGCAUUUCUUGUAAUGCACAUGAAAAGAUUGCCAGCCACUUCAACGAGAUUCUUGCUAGCUCUACAAGCACAUAUAGAGCAUGCACACCUUACCUUGGUAAAGAGCUUCUGAAGCGUUUCUCCAGAAUAGAGAAGAAGACAUAUGACGUUUGCUGCAAUGGCUGUAUGUUGUUUGAUGCAAAUGAAACUGAGUGCCCGCAUUGUAGUGAAGAUCACUACAAGAGUGCCCAAGACAAUGACAAGUCCAGCCGAAGAGGACUUACAGGGCAAUCACCACUGGCAACAUUGGAUGCAUUCUCCAGACCAUAUUUCUUUGCCUUGGAUGAAAUGCAUGGUAUCUGCUAUGGUGUAGCAAAACAGGUCUGGGGGCUCGUCACUGGCAAGUACAGAAAAAAGCAUCUGCUUGUUCUCUCUGUUAGAGUUCAGAAAGAGAUAGGUGCAGCAAUGGCAUUGACAAGGAAAACGAUCCCAACAUUGUUCUAUGGUGCUUGGAGAGACGUAUCAAAGAAUGCAGGAUACUUUAAGGCAGUAGACUGGGCAGACUUCCUUCUGUUUGCUGUUCCGACUCUAGUAGCAGAGCAGAUAAGAAAUAUAUCUGCACGGAAGGCAUUGCUUGGCCUUGUACAAGUGUGCAAUUUGCUCAUGAGCUGGGAGUUAUCAGCAGAAGAACAAGCCUCAAUAAAAAGACAACUUAUUGAAUGGAAUGUGUACCUUGAGACUCUGCUUGCCGAGGACAAGGUCGAUCUUAAGGUUUUCACCAUUAACCAGCACCUCUUACAACACUACCUGGAUAUGACCGAAGCAUUUGGCCUGCCAAGAUCAUACAGUGCUAGAUUAGUAGAAAAAGCAAUUGGCAAGUACUCUAAUGCCAUUAAGAGUAACUCUGCCACCAGAACCAAUGCUGGCAAUAUCAUGCUUGGCUUGGCACAGACCAGACAGGGGGAAGAGUGUAGCCUGAUUGAAGCAGCUAUACAAACUAGCUGCAAGGCAUUUGUCAAUAGUUAUGUGAUUGACUCUGCGCUUGACCAAAAUUGUAUUCAGGUUGAUGAGAACCACAACAUUGGGCAGAGCUACUCUCCAAUCUAUAAGGAUUUCUUUGGGAAGGUCGUUGUUUUCUUUGAGCACAAGCUCAACAACAAGAGGUGGCCGCUUGCUCUUGUCCAUGUAUAUGCCAUCCAUGAAACAAAUGGAAUUCCUGUCAUGACAAAUGUACCCGCGAAGCCAAAGGUUGUUCAUCUGGCUGAUGUAAAAGAGCUGGUUAGCUUGGUGGUGUCUACAGCCACAAAUGGAUGGUAUAUUGUCUGGCCAGAACUGAACUGUGGGCCAAAAUUGUUGCUUGGUUGUCAUGCAGAUAUAUAA